AUGGUGGAAUCUUCAGGUGAAGUUGAGAAAAUGUACAUCUCCUACAAUAACAUCCACAAGUCUUGUCAGAAGAUUGCCAGCCAGAUUAUGGCUAAGGGCGAGAGACCCGAUGUCAUCGUUGCAAUUACUGGUGGUGGUAUGAUCCCAGCUAGAAUUAUAAGAUCGUUUUUGAAAAGCCCUGGCCAAAAAAAUAUCCCCAUUCAAGCAAUUGGCUUAUCGCUUUACGAAGAUCUUGGUUUGGAUGAUCAAGUAGAGACUAUAGGGAAGGAGGUUAUCAGAACGCAAUGGCUGGAUUUUGGCUCUCUUGAGCAGCAUUUCGAUUCUCUCAUUGGUAAGAGAGUUUUGAUCGUCGACGAGGUUGACGAUACCAGAACCACGCUACAUUACGCUGUCACAGAAUUGGAAAACGAAGUCAAAGCUCAACAACUGAAACUGAACAGAACAAACGAAGAGACAAUUUUCUCCAUUUUUGUUAUCCACAACAAAGACAAGCCCAAGAAGGCUUCCUUACCUGCGAAUAUGCUUAGUAACGAUCGUUACCUAGCCGCCGAGACAGUUCCAGACGUUUGGCUCUGCUACCCAUGGGAAGCUCUGGAUAUCGAAGAACAUACUGAACUUGCGAUCCAGCAGGGCAACAACUAA